AUGAGAAAAAUUUAUGGAAGUAUUUUAGAAGCUACAUGCACAAAAAUACUUAUUUCAGUACAAAAACUAUCUGAUGAACAUAAUGAUGAUACAUCAUCUACUGAUUCAGAAAAGAGUGAAACUUCAAAAAAUACCAUAAUAGCAAAUUUAACUGUGGCUAUACCUAUAGAAAUAUAUACCGGAACAGAUAUUAUUAUUACUCAUGUUACAACUGUUACUAAGAUGCUUCUAAGAUAUGUACUACAUAUAAAUAUGCUAUACUUUUCAGAAUCAACAUCAACCAAUUCAGAUGACCUAUUAUCACCUGAUCUUCCUUUAGAGUCAAUAAAAUUGCUUAGUUUAGAUAGACCAAGUGAUGAAUCAAAUGAGUCAACAAACGCAAAAUCAAAUGAAUCAUUAGAAUCAGAAGAUUCGGAUAAACUAAAUGAAUCAGAUAAAUCAGUUGAAUCAAAUAAACGAGAUAAGUCGUCUAAGUUAGUAAAUUUAUCUGAAUCGGAAAAAUUAAGUUAA